AUGUUGGCACCUAUAAUUAAGCGUCUCAGCAAAGUAUGGGAACCAAAAACCUCCUCUUGUUUUACGCCCCGGCGCCGAGUAGAUGAUUUCUCCUCCGUCAACGUCGACGUCCUAAUUCGUUACCACCGCGAGUUAGUCGCCCUUGGGCCGUCGGUGGUGGCAAUGACCAAACUACUGAACGCCGUCGUGAGGAAGAAGCACUACUCGGAUGCCCUCUUGUUGUUCGACGAAAUGCGGCUUAGGAAGGUCCCCGUGGACGAGUACACCAUGAACAUCGCCAUCCGCUGCUUUUGCCUGCUGAGCCGGCCGGAGUUGGGGCUCGCCGUCUUGGGCAGCUUCUUCAAGCUGAGCCUGAAGCCGAGCCUGGUCACCUUCAACACUCUCCUCAGGGGACUCUUUUCCAACGGCAAGGCCCUCGAGGCCGAGGAGCUGCUGUCCAAUUCCCUGACUCUGAAAACGUUUGAGCCCAACGAGGUCACGGCCGUCACUGUGGCCGAGGGGCUCUCCGGGACCCGAGCCGCAGCCUCCCUUGAUUUGCUCGAGUUAACGGGUGGUCUGAAGCCUAACGGUUUUGCUUAUUCUGCGGUGGUCGCCGGUCUGAUGAAAGAUGGAAUGGCCGACGAUGCCCUCCAAGUCCUGUUUAAAGUAACCGAAAAGGGGGUUUCGGCAACUGCCGUCGUCUAUGCUUCCAUGUUUCGAACGCUGUGUGAUGCCGGCCGGUGGAGAGACGUUAAAACCUUGAUCCGAAAAAUGGCGGAGCACAAUAUAUGUUUCGAUGGGACCUCGCGCAGCGUGUUGAUGGCUGCUUUCAGCCAGAAAGGAAUGGUGGAGGAGGCCGAGGGCGUAUUGGAAAUCAUGGCCCAGAUAAACGAUGCGUGUUUGCUGGACCAUAUGGAUAAGCCUGGCGGGGCGCUGUCGUUCUUGUCGGCUAUGGAGGGGAAAGGCGUAAAUCCGGAUGAAGUGACUUACGGGAUCGUGGCUGUGCAAAAACGGGCUGCAAGGACUUUCUUGAACAAACUUCCGGGCGAACAGAGUCUCUGCUCCGAGAGAUGGAGAGGAAAGGCUGACCGGCUGAUGACGUGGUGA